ACACACACACUCACACACACUCUCUCAUCUGCACGGGGCAGCGACUGCAGCGAACGGCUCCACUGCUGUGUGUUUGAGCGCCGACACACAGACCUCUCGUUCCUCCGGAGUGUGUGUGUGUGUGUGUGUGUGUGUGUGUGUUGGUGAUGUAAUUGUUUAACUUCAGCAGGUCAUAAGAGGGCGAAGCGUCCGUUAAUCAGCAUCUGAGAUCCGUCAGCGGGACGUCACACACACACACACACACACGCACACAGACGCUCCACACACACCGCGAGCUGCUAAUCCACUGAGAAGGUAUGGUGAUGUGUGUGCGCGUGGUGCUGGUGUGUGUGCUGCUGGAGCUGAGCCGCGCUGCUCCACACGCGCACAUCAACCGGCUCGCGCUGUUUCCUGAUAAAAGUGCCUGGUGUGAGGCCAAAAACAUCACGCAGAUCGUCGGACACACCGGCUGCACGCCACGAUCCAUCCAAAACAGGGCAUGUCUGGGUCAGUGCUUCAGCUACAGUGUGCCCAACACCUUCCCACAAUCCACUGAGUCUCUGGUGCACUGUGACUCCUGUAUGCCGGCACAGACACAGUGGGAAGUGGUGACUCUGGACUGCUCAGGCAGUGAUGAAGCUCCGCGUGUGGAUAAGUUAGUGGAGCGUAUCCUGCACUGCAGCUGCCAGUCCUGCAGUAAAGAGAGCAGCCAGGAGGGGGCGCUGCUGCAGCUGUACCCGCAUGAGGGAGCGCUGGACACGCCGUCGCUGCCCGACGCCACGCACACACACCCGCAGCAGGCUCACAUGCAUGCAGACGCGCAUUUAGACAUGCACGCGCCUGAGGCUGGGUGAAACACACGCACACACCCUUUAACACAGCCUACUGAAUAACACCCUCUCUCUUCCUAAAGCACUUUCCUCACAACACUAAUCAAGACUUCGAGAAUAAAUGCAACUAUAUAUCACUAGCUUUGUUUCUGUCCACCUAUUUUACGCACAUUUUGGAAUAUACAGCUGUAGUGUGUAAAGUCUGCGGUCACUGAGGAGGUUAUCUGCUUUAAUCUCCAAUAUUUUAGGCCAUAUUCCAGUGUUGUGCAUAAAUCUAAUUCACAUCUUAUGAUGGAAACACAACAACUGCAUUCACACACACUUAUCCAGAUGUGUAUGUAACGUAGCACACACACACACACACACACACACACACACAC